AUGGAUUUUUUCCUGUCUCCGGCAGAUCAUUACCCGAGGCCAUUCAUCGCAGUGAGUCCUGGUACUGAGGUCUCUACAGGGCAGGACUGGACAAUCCGCUGUUGGGCUCCAUUGCCAGGGGUGGCCUAUGUCCUCUACCAAGGCAGGGACUUCCGAAUGGAGGUUACCCCCCGGGGAGACUCUUACAUUGCUGAAUUCUUCUUGAAGAAUGUCUCCGUGGCUGACACAGGCAGAUACACCUGCUAUUACCACAGCAUUGCAGAACCUUUCAUCUGGUCCAAUGCCAGCAACCCAGUACAGCUGAGAGUAACAAGGGAAGUCCCUAUUUACCAGGAGGUAUGGCUGGACUCUGCAGGGAGAUAUCGCGUGAAUUGCUCAGCGCCGUCCAAGAGUGAAGGCUGGUUCUAUCUUUACCAGGAUGGGCAGCUGUUUGCUGAGACCAGAGCUUGGCAAGAUGGCAGCACUGCCAACUUCAACCUCACUGAAGAGGCCCUCAGUACCAUCACAGGAGAGCUGAGCUGUCAAUACAGUUUAAAUCAGUUCAAUGACACUGAUGCGUGGACGCAAGAUUCCCAUUCCAGGAGCACUGAUUUCACCAAGGCCAACAUGUUGCGGCUUGGACUCGGGGCUGGCAUCCUUUUAGCUGCUCUACUGUUUGUAGCUGAUGCAUACUGGAAUGAGAGGCGGCAGGAGGAUCAUGAGCCAAGCGAGGGGAUCUUAGACCAGCAAGAUCCCAGUGGACUGAUGGAGGCUCCACUGUGCAAAACUUCCUGCCCUGCUAUCUGUGUUUGA